AUGAGAACAACUGAGGGGUUAGUUGAUGCAGAAGGUGUGGCACGUUUAUGGGGACAACGAAAGGGUAAACCGCAAAUGAACUACGAUAAACUUUCACGUGCAUUACGAUAUUAUUAUGAUAAAAAUAUUAUUAAAAAGGUGAUUGGACAGAAAUUCGUUUACCGCUUCGUUGGUUGUCCGGAAGGAACAAGUGAAAAUUUUAAAUUAGCAUUAAGUCAGCUACUUAAUGAAAAAUCAAGCGAUUCAUCAUCAAAUAAUACAAGAUUUACGACGAAUAUGAACUCGAAAAUUGCAUCAACAAACAAUUCUUUUCCAACACCAAAUAAUGCUUCUCAAUUAUUAUAUACUGCUCCAACUACUUCAAUUUCAUCGCCAAAUAGCGUGUGCAGUACGAAUAGUGUUCAAAGUAUUAGUGGAAUAAAUUUACAAGAUGAUAUAAAAAAGUCGGCUAGCAUAAAUCGAAAUAAUAUUAAGCGAAAAAAAUCCGAAAGUCCUCGAAUUAUUCACGCAACAAAUGUUAGUAGUGUUGAGGUGACGAGUACGGAUUCAAUUUCGGAUCAUGCAAUUUCUCAAAUUAAGCGUGAACAAACAACAAUCGCUUCAUGCCUAACUACUUCUUCAUCAUCAUCAUCAUCACCACCACCACCACCACCGCCAUCAUCAUCAUCGUCGUCGUCGUCAUCAUCGUCGUCGACGUCGUCGCUAAAUAAUACACCAAAAAUUUUUUCGUCAAUUAAUGAACAACAACAGCAAUCUUCUAUAGCGUCCACUUCAACAAAUUCGCUCUUAUUAUCAAAUAAUAACGAAUCGACAGCAUUAAAAGCAAUCACAUCGAAGCCAUCGUCAUCGUCGUUGAAACGUAGCAAACCAUCACCGCUUGAUCUAUCCCUUAAUAAUCCUAUAUCACCCGAGAAUAAUUUAAUUAUGCAUUCACCGGCUGCAUAUUUCACGAAUAAUACAGCAGCUGCAGCGGCUGUUGCUGCUGCUGCUGCUUCUGCCCUACCAUAUCCUUCAUCACCAUUUUGUAAUGUUAAUUUUUAUCCACAAUUCACAAAUUUAAGUCCAUUUAUGAUAGCAUUAAGUCCAUUUAAUACAAUAAAUAAUUCACCAUUACAUGCGCAAAAAACUAUGUUUCAAUUCCCGCCGCAUCCACAAAGUAUGGCUAAUGUUGCUAAGGCUGUAUCAAUGAUGAGUGUACCGCCGGUUCUUGGUGCGACUAUUAAUUUAAAUAAUAAUCCCUAUGGUAGGACAUUUGUUAGUCGAAGUCCUGAAAGUUUAAAAACGCCUGUUGUUCCAUUUCCAAAAGAUUUAUAA